AUGUCGCCUGUAUCCCGGUCGCUGUUGGCCCCCUUGCUUCUGGUGUCGUGCGUCGCCGCAGACACGGCCGUGUCCCGGGCGGAAACCGCCCUUACCACGCUGCAGACUUGGUAUAACCCGUCCACGGGUAUCUGGAAUACAUGCGGGUGGUGGAACGGGGCCAAUUGCAUGACCGUGUUGGCCGACCUAGCGCUGGUCGACGAUUCCGAGUCGGUAAACGAAACUGUGAAAGGCGUGUUCGCGAAUACCUUCAAUGUUGGGCCUGUGUCCAACCCAUUCCCCGAUCGGAAUAAUGAUUCCUACUAUUCGACCGCCGCCCAGCGCAAAGCACGCUCGGUCGACGCCUCGCAAUGGCUCGAUGGUUCCUACGACGACGACGCAUGGUGGGCGCUGGCUUGGAUCGCCGCGUAUGAUGUCACAGGAAUUCAGGAUUACCUAGAUUUAGCGAUCGGCAUUUUUGAGCACUUGAGCCAAGCUUGGCCAUCAAAGUGUGGCAACGGCGGAAUUGACUCGGACUUUACACAUGUUUAUGUGAACGCCGUUACCAACGAGCUGUUCUUCUCGCUCGCGGCGCAUCUAGCCAACCGCGCAUCUAAUCCCGACGUUUAUAUCGAUUGGGCCCGACGUCAAUGGAAGUGGUUCAAGGAUAGUGGAAUGAUCAACUCCAACAACACCAUCAACGACGGAUUAACCAACGAUUGCAAGAACAACGGAGGGACGAUAUGGUCCUACAAUCAAGCCAUUGUUCUAGGAGGUCUCGCCGAAUUGCACCGGGCAGCCAAGAACGAAUCGGACCUGGAUGCCGCAGCAAAGAUUGCUAAAGCCUCGAUCGCUUAUUUGGCCGACAGUAACGAUGUCAUCCAUGAGUCGUGCGAGCCAGACAACUGCGACAGUAACGAGACGCAGUUCAAAGGUAUCUUUAUCCGAAACUUGAGGCUCCUGCACUCCGUUGCCCCAAACGAUACGUAUGCGAAGGUGAUCAACGCGUCCGCCAACAGUAUCUGGCAGAAUGAUCGCAACGACCAGAAUCAAUUCGGCGUCAAUUGGACCGGGCCGGCUACCCAGGUGAACGCGUCCACACAUAGUUCUGCCAUGGAUGCGCUGGUUGCUGCGAUUGACUUGAAAUGA